AAGAAAUCUCAAGAAAAUCCAAGCUUGUUACAGCAAUGCCGGAAAGAUUCUUCACAGCUCUUAUCCUCUCUGCAAUCGCCGCUCUGAUCUCUCUACCUUUCUCACAGUCUCAGCAAAGUCCGGCCUAUCUAGGGCUGGUAUCGAACGCCACCGAUUUCCCGGCGGAGGAUUACUAUGAUUACAUAAUCGUAGGCGGCGGCACCGCCGGCUGCCCGCUGGCGGCGACGCUAUCGGAGGGUUUUAGGGUUCUUGUGCUGGAAAGGGGGGGAAUUCCGUUUGGAGUCCCGAAUCUGAUGAGUCGCGACGGUUUCCUCACGACAUUGAUGGAAGUCGACGCCCACGACUCCCCUGCUCAAGCCUUCACCUCCGAGGACGGAGUCCCCAACGCCAGAGGCAGAGUUCUCGGCGGCAGCAGCGCGAUCAACGCCGGCUUCUACAGCCGAGCCGAUCCCCAAUUUUACGCCAAAUCAGGGAUCGAUUGGGAUCUUAGGAUGGUGAAUCAGUCGUAUGAGUGGGUGGAGAAGGCGAUCGUGUUCAGGCCGGAGCUGAGGCUCUGGCAAUCCGCGGUUCGAGACGCGUUGCUGGAGGCCGGCAUCGAUCCCUACCACGGCUUCAGCUUGGAUCACACCGCCGGCACCAAGAUCGGCGGCUCCACCUUCGACAGCUCCGGCACAAGGCACAGCGCCGCCGACCUUCUCAGCUACGCCAAUCCCUGCAAUCUUAAAGUGGUGGUGCAAGCCAGCGUGGAGAGGAUUCUGGUGGCGCCUAAUCCAUCCCUAACUCCGAAGCAGAGCGCAAUCGGCGUCGUUUUCCGCGACAGAAUUGGGGGUUUUCACCACGCAAUGGUGCGUGAGAAUGGCGAAGUGUUAGUCUGCGCAGGCGCUUUAGGCAGCCCUCAGCUCUUGCUUCUCAGCGGCAUUGGGCCGAGGCCUUAUCUCGCGUCGUGGGGGAUCCCGGUCGUGCUCCAUUCCCCUUAUGUCGGCCGGUUCUUGUACGACAACCCAAGAAACGGGAUCUCAAUCGUUCCACCGGUGCCUUUAGACCAUUCGUUAAUUCAAGUUGUUGGCAUCACGAACGCUGGGACCUAUCUCGAAGCAGCAUCCAACAUCGUGCCCUUCCUCUCCCCUGCUCGCCCCAUCUUCAUUAGGCCGGCUACCUCAUCUUAUGUCACGGUUGCCACUCUGAUGGAGAAGAUAGUCGGGCCCCUCUCCACCGGCUCGCUCAGAUUGGCAUCCACGGAUGUUAGGACGAAUCCCGUUGUCCGCUUCAACUACUUCAGCAACCCCACUGACCUUGAGCUCUGCAUCAACGGGACGAGAAAGAUUGGGGACGUGCUCAACACCCGGUCCAUGGAUGAGUUCAAGGUGCACCAGUGGUUCGGGGGGAGGGAGUUUAGGUACGUGGGGACGCCACUGCCUCGUGAUCAGCUCAGCGACGAGGAGAUGGGGGAGUUCUGCAGGCGGACCGUGAGCACGAUAUGGCACUACCAUGGCGGCUGUCUGAUGGGGAAGGUGGUCGACGAAAACCUCAGAGUCGUCGGGAUUGGAGGCCUUAGAGUUGUCGAUGGCUCCACGUUUGCCGUCUCACCCGGCACCAACCCUCAGGCUACUCUUCUCAUGAUGGGAAGGCAUUUUGGCAUGAAGCUGCUUAAAGAGAGAGACACAUCAUGAAACUGCUAUCUUUUUGUUAAAUAGGAAACUGAAUGAGUUAAAUCACUCAUUUGUUUUUGUGCUACUAAAGAUUUCUUUAGCUUCUGGUUUCCCAAUUUUCUUGAAUGUAAUUUUUGUUCUUGGAUAUUCAACAAAUUGAUGAUAUUGUGUGCUUCAAU